AUGGACGCCCGCCUGGUGACCCUCCUCCUCCUCGCGGCCGCGGCGUCCGCGCCGCUGGCCUCCCCGCAGCUCGACAGCGCGUUCUACAAGACGACGUGCCCGGACGCCGAGAAGGUCAUCUUCGACGUCGUCCAGAAUCGGUUCAAGCAAGACCCCGGCACCGCCGCCGGCCUCCUCCGCCUCGUCUUCCACGACUGCUUCGCAAACGGCUGCGACGCGUCCAUCUUGAUCGACCCGCUGUCGAACCAGGCCUCGGAGAAGGAGGCGGGCCCGAACAUCUCCGUCAGGGGCUACGACGUGAUCGAGGAGAUCAAGACGGAGCUGGAGAAGAAGUGCCCGGGGGUGGUGUCGUGCGCGGACAUCGUGGCGGCGAGCGCCCGCGACGCGGUGAAGCUGACGGGCGGCCCCGCGUACGAGGUGCCCAUGGGCCGGCGCGACUCGCUGACGUCCAACCGCGAGGACGCCGACGCCCUGCCGGGCCCCGACAUCGCCGUGCCCAAGCUCAUCGACGAGUUCUCCAAGCAGGGCUUCAGCCUCGAGGAGAUGAUCGCCAUGCUCGCCGGCGGCCACUCCAUCGGCAUCUGCAGGUGCUUCUUCAUCGAGACCGACGCCGCGCCCAUCGACCCGGAGUACAGGAAGAACAUCAGCGCCGCCUGCGACGGCAAGGACUCGGGCACCGUCCCCAUGGACUCCGUCUCGCCCAACGUCUUCGACGGCACCUAUUUCGCCCUCGCGCUCGCCAAGAAGAUGCCGCUCACCAUCGACCGCCUGGUGGGGAUGGACCCCAAGACGGAGCCAGUACUCAAGGCCAUGGAGGCCAAGCCCGCCGACUUCGUCCCCUUAUUCGCCAAGUCCAUGGAAAAGCUCAGCGUCCUCAAGGUUCUCACGGGGAAGGAUGGCGAGAUCAGGAAGACGUGCUCCGAAUUCAACAACCCGCAGGCCAGCAGCGACACGUCGGUGAUUCGGAUCAGCUCCUUGAACCCCGACCAGAUGGGACUGUCGCAGCCAGGGGCGGCCAAGCCGGCCGUCGCGGAGGCCAGGAAGGUGGCGCCCGGCGGCGAGGAAGAAGCAACCAAGAGGAUCAGGAACGCAGUCAAGCUUACUAAGACCUUCGUCAAUGAGGCGGCCGCCAAGGUUGAGGGCGGAGUCGUCGUCAACAAAGCCGCACAAAUCCAGACGCCCAAGCCCAACGUCGUGCCAACAAUCCAGCCACCCAAGCCCGUCGUGCCAACAAUCCAGCCACCCAAAGUUGUGCCAAUAAUCCCGCCGCCCAACAUCGUUGUGCCACCGAUCGGCGGGGAGGUCAGGAAGGAGGCCGGGGUCCAAGCAGCCGGCCAGGUUUCAGGCACCGCGGCGACCAACAAGGCCGCGGGCAUCGACGAGAGCAAACUGACCGCCGCCGGCAACAAGAUCCUCGGCGACGAGCCGGCCAGCAAGUUGCCGGGCGGCGAGACCACGGACAGGCCCACCCCCAAACUCCGCGGCGCCGCGCAGUAGAUGGGGUAGCCGUUGGGUUACCUGCUGCCAGGCAGCCUGUUUGGCAGUGAUCAGAGACAGGGCCCCCAUGAGCACCAUAUGUGUCUUCCUCACCCUUAUUUUCUCACUCUCACUCUCUUGUUUGUAGAAGAAGGGACGAGCAACGUACCGCAGCUGAUUGGUAGGUCUAAUUACGCAACCACCGUUGUGUCGAUUUUUUUUUGACAGCGACCAGAAC